UGGCGGACAGACGGGCGCUGCGGUCAGCAGUACCCCGCCUCAGGAGCGACCCCUGGCGAGUGUGACCCGAACAGCAACGCUCCCUGCUGCUCCGAAUAUGGGUAUUGCGGUGCAAGCAGCGAGCACUGCGCCUGCGCAAGCUGCGCAGACUACAGGCUUCCUUCAGUUGACGGUGGUUGGUCGGCCUGGGGCGCCUGGUCGUCCUGUCAGGGUCUUUGCGGCACGGGCAGGGAGUGGCGCAGUCGGACCUGCAGUAAUCCCGCGCCACAGAACGGGGGCGCUGCUUGUCAGGGUGAUGCGUCUGAGGACAGGGAGUGCGAUACCGGGACGGUAUGUCCAGCCCCAGAUAGCCGGACGUACCGCCGCGUGUGCUACCAUACUAACUGGGCGCAGUACCGGAGCGAACCGGCCACGUUCCUGCCGGAGGACAUCGACCCCUGGCUCUGCACCCACAUCAUGUACGCCUUCGCCAUCUUGGAGGGAAACCGGCUCAAGGCGUAUGAGGCGAAUGACGAGAGCACGUCGUGGCAGACCGGGAUGUACGAGCGUACCAAUCGCUUGAAGGACACCAACCCCGAGUUGAAGAUCUCCCUGGCCGUGGGUGGCUGGAACGUCGGUUCGGGACCCUUUUCCGACAUGGUGUCGACGUCUGCGAACCGAGCCGAGUUCAUCCAGACGUCGAUCGCGUUUCUCCGUCGGUGGAACUUUGACGGACUGGACCUGGACUGGGAGUACCCCGCCCAGCGUGCAGGGUCGCGCCCUGAGGACAAGCACAGGUUCACGCUUCUCGUGCAGGAGCUGAAGGUGGCAUUUGAGGCGGAGGUUCUGUCGACAGACCAGGAGCGCCUCCUGUUGAGCGCCGCCGUACCUGCAGGGGAGAGCAGUGUCUUGGCUGGUUAUGAGGUUAAUCUUAUUGCAGAACAAUUGGAUUUCAUUAACCUGAUGACGUAUGAUCUACACGGCUCGUGGGAAGCCGUAACGGGACUGAACAGUCCGCUGUUUCCGGCUGCAGAGGAGUCUGGGUACGACAGGAAACUCAACCAGCAAGCUGCAGUUCAGGUUUGGCGCGCUGGUGGCGCCCCUGCGGAGAAGCUGAACCUGGGGAUCGCGCUGUACGGUCGAUCCUUCACACUCUCCAGCGGAGACACCGGACUACGAGCGCCGACUAGCGGCGGCGGGACGGCAGCGCAAUACACACAGGAGGCCGGCUACAUUUCUUACUACGAGAUCUGCAGCAUGCUGACUGCCGGUGCGACCAGAGUGUUUGACGGCGAACAGAAGGCACCGUACGCCUACUCCGGGAACCAGUGGGUCGGGUACGACGAUGAAGAAAGCAUCGGGCAUAAAAUAGACUUCCUGAAGCAGGAGGGUCUGGGCGGCUCCAUGGUGUGGGCGGUCGAUCUGGACGACUUCAGCGGGCAGUUCUGUCAGCAGGGCCGGUACCCGCUCAUCAACCUCAUCAAGAACAGGCUGGAGACCGGCGUGUUCAACGCCAGUGACGCGGGUGAGACUUUUUUUAUCAAGCUGGACCAGCUGGAGCCCGUGGUCCGGCUGCACGGUGACCUGCGGGACGGGGACGCGAACCCGCCGGCGGACCUGCACGGACCCCGCACCGCGACAUGGAGGGGACGACUGCCCCGGGGACGCCGCCGAGACACAGCAGUGCGACACCGGAGAGACCUGCCCUGUUGGAGGGGUGACUACGACCACUCCUUCUACUGCUACUACAGCUGGUGGAGGGCACGAUCCUUCCAACUUCUGUGUCGACAAGGCGACAGGCUACUAUGCAGACCCACAGGACUGCAAGAAGUACUUCCAGUGCGCGUCUGGGGUGACAUAUCACCGGACCUGCUGGGAAGGAACUUUCUGGAGCCAGUCCCUCAGUAA